AUGUCGAAAGCAGAUAAAACUGGAGCUCAACAAACAUCACUUCUUGAUGUGCUCAAGAAGAAAAUGCGUCAAGCUCGAGAGGAAGCUGAAGCAGCUAAAGAUGAAGCUGAUGAAGUUAAGCGACUUCUGGAGGAAGAGCGGAAAAAGCGAGAGGAUGCUGAAGCUGAAGUGGCUGCGUUGAAUCGACGGAUUGUGCUUGUUGAGGAGGAUUUAGAGCGGACUGAGGAUCGUUUAAAGAAUGCCACAGCAAAAUUAGAGGAAGCAUCUAAAGCAGCUGAUGAAGCUGAACGUUUAUUAGAAGCUGAGGCUGAAGUAGCGGCCUUAAAUCGUCGCAUGACACUGCUUGAAGAAGAACUGGAACGAGCAGAGGAGCGCUUAAAGAUUGCGACUGAUAAAUUGGAAGAAGCGACGCAUACGGCAGAUGAAUCUGAACGUGCCCGCAAAUCAAUGGAAACACGAUCCCAACAAGAUGAAGAACGUGCCAAUGUGCUCGAGGUGCAAGUAGAUGAAGCGAAAGUAAUUGCUGAAGAAGCGGAUCGAAAAUAUGAAGAGGUUGUUUGUCUUGCACGUAAAGCAUUGGAAAAUCGCGUAGACGUGGAUCAUGACCGAUGCGGUGAGUUGGAGCAAAAACUACGUGAAGCGCAAGCAUUAUUGGCUGAAACAGAAAAUAAAUCAGAUGAGCAUGUCUCACAAGGUGAAUUUUCUGUUUAUGUUCGCAAAGUAAUGGAAAAUCGUUCCUUCCAAGAUGAAGAACGAGCUAACACUGUGGAAUCACAAUUGAAGGAAGCACAAAUGUUGGCUGAAGAAGCUGAUCGCAAAUAUGAUGAGGUAGCACGUAAAUUAGCUAUGGUUGAAGCUGAUUUGGAACGAGCAGAGGAGCGUGCUGAAGCCGGUGAAAAAAAAGCACUUGAAAUGGAACGUGAACUGGUUGCGGUAGGAAUGAAUUUGAAAACAUUGGAAGUUCACGAAGAACGUGCAUUACAACGUGAAAAUUCUUUCUCCGAUCAUGUACAAAGCUUACAAAAUCGGAUUAAAGAGGUAAAAAAUAGUGAUGUUGCAGCCUUGAGCAAGAUUGUGGAAUUGGAGGAAGAACUUCGUGUUGUUGGCAAUAAUUUGAAAUCUUUGGAAGUAUCUGAAGAAAAAGCUUUGCAACGUGAAGAUUCAUAUGAGGAACAGAUUCGCACAGUCUCAGCACGUCUGAAGGAGGCAGAAACACGAGCAGAAUUUGCUGAAAGAUCUGUGCAGAAAUUGCAAAAAGAAGUUGAUAGACUGGAAGUUUUAAUCAGUGUGUUUAAUAAUUUUUCAGAAGCCAAAGAACUAUCAGAUACUAAGGUGAAACAAUUACAAGAGGAACUUGAUCGUCUAUUAAGCGAACUGAAUACUGUCUGA